ACCCUUGACCACCCCCACCCAGUGGAUCAAAUCCUUCACCCCGAAUUGAAGAUCUGGGAUCUAACCCCAGACCCUUCCUCACUAUGGGCAGUCGACCGGAUUCCCCCCCCGGAUAUCGGUCCCAUGGAUUUAUCCAUGCGACGACCGAGUCUCCGGCGUGACUCGCUGCGCAGCAGCAUGAGUGUGAUAUCGGAUGUGGAGAUGGCUCGGAACGAGGUGUUCGAUGGUCCCAUCUCGGAAAGCAUUCCGUCUAGUGUUGUCUCUUUCAUGCACCGUCGAAACCGCGCCGACUCGAACGUGAGCUUCACAUAUUUCCAGGACGAGGAAGAUUUUGCCGAAUGGUCCAACGAAGAUGCAAUCGACGAGGGUAGUGAUAUCGAAGAGUCAUCCAUGCAUGGCGUUGAAGAGCCCGAUCUCGAGUCUCACCGAGGAUCUUUCGUCUCCAAGAGAUUGUCUCGGGACUCGGCUGAGCACCCGCUCCUGUCGCGUAUACUAUCCGCGAGCUCAUAUGGUCGAGACCGACGCUCGGGCAGCAGACUCAACCAAAAAGUAUAUAUCACGUCGGAAGACUUGACAGCGGUUUUUGCGGGAUUCUGCACCAGCAAGGCUGGCUUCGCUCUCUAUAUCGCUUUGUGCAUACUGACUGGUGGUCUUGCGUAUUUGUUGUUGCGCUGGUUCCCACGAUGGCGGGUCAGGAUGAUAGGAAAGGCUGCACCCUUGGCAAAAUGCGAGUGGAUUGCAAUUGAAGAUCAAUGGAACCAAUUUACCGUUCAUAAUAUAGACAGCGAAUCCUACGGACGUCCGCUAUCCACGGUCUUCAUGAAUAACUCGGGCCUUGUUUACGAUGAAGACCUUGAUCCUACGAUUGUAUCCCUGCGAUACGUGGAUUAUAGAUAUCUUCGAUUCUUCUAUCAUCCUAUCGAAGACAAAUUCUCCUUGAUCAAUGGCUGGAAAGAUCACUCCUGGACCAGCGCGAAGGCUAUGCGAGGCGGCCUAGAUGCAGAUGAGCGUGACAGCAGGGAACAGAUCUUUGGAAAGAACAACAUCAAUAUUCAGCAGAAGAAUGUUCCACAGCUACUGAUGGAUGAGGCAUUUCAUCCGUUCUAUAUGUUCCAAGUGGCUAGUCUACUACUUUGGUCGAUGGACGAGUAUUACUAUUAUGCUGUCUGUAUUUUCCUCAUCUCCGUGUUCAGUAUUGCAACUACUGUGUUGGAGACGAGAUCGACCAUGAAGCGACUGAGAGAGAUCUCCCUUUUUGAAUGCGACCUUCGUGUGUUAAGAAACGGAUUUUGGCGCUCGGUGUCUUCCCAGGAUCUCGUCCCCGGCGACGUUUUUGAAUUUUCCGAUCCUUCUCUCAGCUUGGUCCCGUGUGAUUGCAUUCUGCUAUCCGGAGACACCAUCGUGAACGAGAGCAUGUUGACUGGCGAAUCCGUCCCCGUGUCCAAGGUCCCAUUCACCGAUGAAGCUCUAGGCUAUCUGGACCUCAGCGCCCCCUCCGUGGACCCCCAUAUCGCCAAACACUUUCUUUUCAGCGGCACUAAAAUUAUCAGAGCCAGACGACCGCAGAACGUGGACGAUGAUGAAGCCGUUGCGCUGGCUGUCGUUGCAAGGACUGGAUUUGCGACUACAAAGGGCGCAUUGGUUCGCUCGAUGCUUUUCCCUAAGCCAGAUGGCUUCAAGUUCUACCGCGAUUCUUUCCGUUAUAUUGCCGUCAUGGGGAUCGUCGCGCUGAUCGGUUUCAUUGCCUCAUUCAUAAACUUUAUCCGACUCGGUCUUGCCUGGCACCUUAUCGUUGUCCGAGCACUCGAUCUCAUCACUAUCGUCGUCCCACCAGCUUUGCCAGCGACUCUUACUAUUGGUACGAAUUUUGCACUAUCACGGCUGAAGAAACAGAACAUCUUUUGUAUUAGUCCCCAGAAAGUCAACGUGGGCGGAAAGCUAGAUAUUGUCUGUUUUGACAAAACUGGCACCCUCACCGAAGACGGCUUGGAUGUUCUGGGUGGAAGAACCGUCGGCGGCAAUCACAAAUUCUCCGAGCUACUCUCUGAAACAACUGCUGGUGUUUUUCUCACCUCAUCAUCCGAAAACUCCGAAUAUGAUCUUGAGAAGCAGCAAAAGAUGAUUUACACCAUGGCGACCUGCCAUUCUCUGAGAGUUGUGGAUGAUGAACUGCUUGGUGACCCACUUGAUGUCAAGAUGUUCCAGUUUACUGGUUGGUCAUACGAAGAGGGUGGCAGUAACUCUUCAGAGCAGACCGGCGCCCACUUUGACACCAUUAGCCCUUCUGUUGCGCGGCCGCCUACAACCCACGUGGGCCAAAUUCAGCCUCAUGGUCCGAAUAUUCCCGUCGAGCUUGGAGUUCUCCGCAGUUUCGAGUUCGCCUCUCAUCUUCGCCGUGCCAGUGUUGUCGUAAGACAAUUUGGAGACAAUGGGGUGAAUUUCUUUGUGAAGGGUGCCCCAGAGAGUAUUGGGGACAUCUGUGUACCCGAAUCUCUCCCAUCCAAUUACGAUGAACUUUUGAACCAUUACACCCAUAAAGGUUAUCGAGUCAUUGCCUGCGCCACUAAAUACGAGCGCAAAUUGAGCUGGAUGAAGGUCCAAAAGUUGUCUCGGGCUGAUGUUGAGAGUAACCUUGAGUUUGUUGGAUUCAUUAUUUUCGAGAAUAAGCUGAAGCCUACGACUGCUCAAGUCAUCUCGGAGCUGAACCAGGCUGGCAUUCGCAAUGCCAUGUGCACGGGCGAUAAUAUUCUAACUGCCAUCAGUGUGGCCCGGGAGUGUAAGAUGAUUGGCGCGAAUGAACAGUGCUUCAUUCCGCAUCUUAUUGAAAAUCCUGGCCUUGGUGGCAAAACAUCUGUAAUCUGGGAGAGUGUCGACGACCCGGAUGCUAGAUUGGAUCCUAGAACACUUUUGCCUUUGGAAAAUUCAAAUUCAAACGAUGUAUCUAUCCCCGGAAAUGGGCUCCAACAACGAAAAUACUGCCUCGCUGUGACUGGUGAUGUAUUCCGGUGGAUGAUCGAUUACGGAAAUGAAGAUACACUGAGGAGGAUCUUGGUCAGCGGGAAGGUUUUUGCUCGAAUGUCGCCCGACGAGAAGCAUGAACUUGUUGAAAAGCUCCAGUCAAUUGACUACUGCUGUGGUUUCUGUGGAGAUGGUGCCAACGACUGUGGUGCUUUGAAGGCCGCAGAUGUGGGUAUUUCGCUUUCGGACGCAGAAGCAUCCGUUGCCGCCCCCUUUACUAGCCGGCAAUUCGAUAUUUCCUGCGUGCCAAAGUUGAUUCGUGAGGGUCGAGCUGCUCUGGUGACGAGCUUCUGUUGUUUCAAAUUCAUGAGUCUUUAUUCGGCUAUUCAAUUCUCAUCCGUCAGCUUCCUUUAUACCUCUGGCUCGAAUCUUGGUGAUUUCCAGUUUUUGUUUAUCGAUCUGGCUCUCAUUAUGCCCAUAGCGAUCUUUAUGGGCUGGACUGGGCCUUAUCCAACUCUUUCACGGAAGAGACCGACUGCUGAUCUCGUGUCACGAAAGAUCCUGACGCCUUUGCUUGGACAAAUUUCCCUUGUGGUGUUGUCCCAGCUCAUCGUCUUUGUAACCGUCCAGAGACAGUCCUGGUAUCUACCUCCUCAGCUAGACUUGGAGAAGAGCAACAUUGUGAAUUCACAGAACACAUCGCUGUUCUUGUUUUCCUGCUUCCAGUACAUUCUCACUAGCAUUGUCAUGAGUGUUGGCCCACCAUUCCGCCAAUCAAUGACAAUGAAUGCCCCAUACUUAUGCACGAUUAUUAUCGACGUUCUGAUUGGCUGCUACAUGCUCUUCCGCCCAUCUGAGUGGGUAGCCGACGUGAUGCAGCUGACCUAUAUGUCGGAUGGAUUCAGAGGCUGGUUGGUGGUCCUGGCACUCAGUAUGUUCUUGGUGGCUUGGUCCGCGGAGAGCAUUGUCUUCCCUCGGCUUGCCCGCAUGCUCGGCCAUGUCCGCGCACGGGUGCAGCCCGGCUUCCACAAGAAGCGCCGCCAGUACAAAGUCCUUCUGGAGGAGAUGCGACUGUACAAUCUCUAG